ACCAUUUGUUAGGAAUGAAACCAUGGAGAUGAGUUUAUUCAUUAUUUUUCACAGAAUGAAGAGGAAGUUUUACUCCUGGGAAGAGUGCAUUAAUCUGAGAGAGGUCAAGUCACUGAAAAAGCUGAAUCAUGCGAACGUGGUGAAAUUAAAGGAGGUGAUACGUGAGAAUGACCACUUGUACUUUGUCUUCGAAUAUAUGAAAGAAAACCUCUACCAGCUCAUGAAAAACCGGGAAAAUAAGAUGUUCACUGAGAAUGAAAUAAGGAACAUCAUGUUUCAAAUUCUCUCUGGUUUGGCAUUUGUGCACAAGCAUGGAUUUUUUCACCGGGACAUGAAACCAGAGAAUUUGCUGUGUAUGGGUCCAGAGCUGGUGAAAAUAGCUGAUUUUGGAUUGGCUCGAGAGAUCCGCUCUCAGCCUCCUUACACAGACUAUGUCUCCACGAGAUGGUACCGAGCUCCAGAAGUGCUCCUGAGAUCACCGGUUUAUAGUUCACCCAUAGACAUUUGGGCAGUGGGCUGUAUUAUGGCCGAACUUUAUUCACUACGACCACUCUUUCCUGGCAACAGUGAGGUGGAUGAGAUUUUCAAGAUCUGCCAGGUUCUUGGUACAGUAAAAAAGUCAGACUGGCCAGAGGGUUAUCAGUUAGCUGCUGCCAUGAACUUCCGCUUUCCUCAAUGUGUACCUACACCCCUGAAAACCCUGAUACCCAACGCCACUAAUGAGGCUUUAGAUCUCAUGAGAGACCUCCUCCAGUGGGAUCCAAAGAAAAGACCGUCUACUGUGAAGGCACUCAGGUACCCAUACUUUCAAGUGGGACAGGUUCUGGGCCCCCAUCCCAUGACCCCUGAAGUACGGAAGGCUCAGAUAAAGAUGGCCAGGACUAGUGAACACAGAUCAGAGCUUCAGUCUUUUUCAGAACCAGCGCUAGUGUCUCUGGCUAAAGUUCAGAGCAGAAGUUCCCAUCUGCCACUUCAGCAGAUUCCUCUGCCUCAGUCUCUCACUCAGACAGAAUGGCAAGCCGACACACUCACUUCAUAUACACAGAAGGUUGUCGGAGGUGAGAACAGCUUGAUAGGGUUGAAGAACGGACGGAGAAGAUGGGGACAGACCAACAUGAAAGCCUCGGACAGCUGGGAUGAGUCUGACUGCUCUGAUACUGCAGUAUCCCUAUCGAAAAAACCCAGCAAAGGCCCUGAGGAGGAGAAACCCACUCUACAGCCCAGGGACCAGAAACCCAUUUACACCUUUAGCACUGUCACAAAAUUACCAAACAACAGCAGACUGAAGCAGCCAGACUCCAACCAGCUGACGGCCACCUCAGCCAGACAACAUUAUCUGCGCCAGUCAAGAUAUAUGCCAGGGUUAAUAAGCAAGAACACACCAUCUGUGAGCAACAAGGAGUCUGAGAAAAACUUGUGGGGCACAUCGGUUAUGCACAAAUCCCUCACACCCAUUGGAGAAGCAUCAGCAUCCCGAAUCAGUCCAGGAAGCUUUGUAACCACCACAUACAAUCUCUCUGAAGGAUACACCCCAUCUUUCCAGAAGAAGGAAGUGGGAUCUGUAGGACAGAGAAUUCAACUCGCCCCUCUUAAUAAUCAGCUUGCCCCUCUUAAUAAUCAUCUUGCACUUGACCUCUCUGCCACUGCUGACUCUAUAGCGGUCAAAGCUAAACCUUCAAAGUCCAAACCUUCAUCUACAGUUUCACUCAAUGAAAGCUCUGAAGAUUGUGAUGGAUGGAAAAGGAGAGCUGACAGAACCCAACUCAAAAGCACAGCUUACUCAGCUCUGGGCAAAAACUCAGCCAAUCUUCUCACUCGUGCACCACCGGUUCAGCCCGUGCACGGGCGCAUUGACUGGGCUGCAAAAUAUGGAAGUCACCGGUAGUGCUUGUUGAGCUUCCAUGCCAUGAGGACUAAGGCCUGUUCAACACUCGUGAGAGAAGCAGCUUGAAUAGGUCUAUAUCACCUUAAAACAUCAGGCCAUUAUUCGCUCAAAUGUGUUGCGCAAUUAAGACACAAAUCUUUAUUAUUGACUCAACGUUUUCAGUUACGGAUUUUUUCUUGAGUAGACUACAUAAAUAUCCCGCUUAUUUUUUAUGCCAUUUUUAGUAUGCAGUUUAUAAAUGCAUUUCAUUUUUAUUUUUUAUGUGUAAAUGCGAUUUAUGCUGCA